AUGAUGACAGCUUUUACAAUGGGGACUGCGUAUCUGCUUAAAGUUCUAAUCUUGCUGAAAGGUAAUGUCAAGCUUAACCCCUUAGUGUCUAUAAUGAUUAUAAAGACUAUACUAACGAGUCAAAAAGAGCUGCACUUGGGUUCAUCAUCGGUCAAAUAAUACGUUUGAAUGGGUCAGCCUUAUUAUAUAUUUACAAACUGUAUUUAUAUGUUGUGUAACUUAUAUCUUCAGAUGAAGAGGGAGAAGUAAUUUUUCUGUUUUUGUUAUUUGAGUAAAAAAAACAUGUUGCAUUGCAAUUUUAGAGAUAGGGGAGUGUAAACAAUGCUAUUUUUCAUCUCCAUAAAAUGUUUGCAGAAAACAUUAUUAUUGCAGAAAACUGAAUUAUUUUCAAGGGUAAUGUAUUUUUUUUAUACUUAAACCAUACAUAAACCAUAUAAAGACACUUUAAAUCUGCCAAAAUCUAGAUCAGUAAUUUAGACCUUGAACAAAAUCUGUUAUCAGAUUCAGUCCCAGAAAUUGAAAGUGGUGCAUCUCAAUUAAAAAAGGUAAUGUAAGAAAUACAUCCUUAGCAGAAUUUUACAAACAGUCAAGAGUUGACCAAAAAAUGUAGACAAGCCUGGUUAAUAUGGCUUCAAACAUGCAUCUUUCUCACAUACAUACAGUUCAGUGUUUCCCCUACAUAGACUUUACUUGGGCGGCCCACCCAAAAAGAUUGACACCCGGCCAAGAAGAUGAAGAUAGAAUUUUUUUUUUUUAAAUGUGCGGCCAUACAGACGGCAAGGUUUCCUCCAGACAAACACGGCGCCGUAUAUUCACACGCUGGUGAAUAUACGGAGGCGCACCCAAACUGUUACGCUCCAGCUAUACUAAUUUAUUGUUGAUUAUAUACUGUUUCCUUCCUCAUACAGUUUCUGUUAAUGUAGCUCUGUUUUUUUUCUCAGAGACUGACUGACUUUUUCGUCGUAAAGACAUGAAGCCAAUUGAAAGCUAUUUCAAAUGUUAGAGACAGAGUCAGUCUGUAGCGGUCUUAAGUUAUAAACAAAUGCCAUGUGAGAAAAAAAAAAUAUCAUUGCUCAGUGUAAUGAUAGUGCACUGUCUACCUUAUGUUUUAUGUUUGUUUUGCACAUUGUAAUUUCUGCAUUUCUAAUCUAUUUAUCAUUAAUACAGUGAAAAUGAGAGGAAAUGUAAAUUAUUUGCCUUACAAGUCAAGUUAGAGUGUCCACCCCUAAAUUUUCUGCUUGCUCUCCUAAAAUUUUUUAGUUAGGGGUUACAAAACAAGUUUGUGUGGAGCCCUGCAUGUGCAAUAAAUAACGCAUAGUCCAUAAACCAUAAAGUUCACAACCUUUGAAUGCACCACAGCGCCACCCUGCACCGCCCGGCCCACCACCUCAAGUAAACUCUCAAUCUAGGGGAAACACUGCAAUAUGUACAUGUACAACACAAAGUAACACAACUUCUGCUUGAAAGAAGUUCAAGGGCUGUGUAAAAUGUUGAUAUACAAAGAAUUUGAUGGUUUGCAAAUUAUUUAAAUACUAUUUUUUAUUGGAAAUACUGCAAAAACAUCAUUGAAAAUGUUGCUUCAUUGUUUUGUCAAAAAUACAUGAUACUUUUGAAUUUAAUGCCAGCAACAUAUUGAAACAGCAACAUGUUUGGAUAUUUACAAUGUAGUGUCGCCUGUUCUUUUUUACAGCAACAUGGACAUUUAGGCACCUUGGACACCAGUUUCUUGUUUUUUCUGUAAUGAAGUGAAGUGUUGUGCUUGAUAAAAGGAUUUGAGCUGUGCAUGGGUAAACCCAUCUUCACACAGGAUGUGUGCCAUCAGCGGAGUGGCCCAGUUUUCAUUUUAGCACGUAUUUUCACAGGUUACACCCUUCACACAGCAUGCAUAAGCAGCAUUUCUCCUACGGCCAGAACCCUAAGACACAUCAGCUGUUAUGCCGCCGGCAGAUAUCGUAUGUGAAGCCGGCAUAAGUGGUCUACUCUGUACUACUUAAGAUUUCAUGAUGUGCCCAAUGUUUUCAAUGGGUGACAAGUUAGGACUGCGGGUAUCCCAGAUCAGCCCCCUACCUCUUCUACAGCAGUGGCAUGCAGUUUGAAAAUCUGCAGAAUGUGGUUUAGCGUUGUCUUGCUGAAAUAUUUAAGAUCAAUACAAAAAGUAUAGUCCAGAUGGAAGCAUUUGUUGCUCUAAAAUCAGUGCAGCAUUAAUGAUGCCUACCCAGAUGUUUGAGCUCCCUAAACAAUCAAAAACAUUGUAUUCUGUGCUGUGAGUUGGUAACAAGCCUGGUUGUCCUACCUUUUGGAGUUCAUUUUAAAGCAUCCAUGAUUUCCAAAAAGGCUGUCAAAUUUUGAAAUUUUUUGUUGCUACUUUUUAAAUUAUGUUGCUGGAAUCCACUUAGGAGAGGGAAUAUUUUUCAUAAAACAGACAACUGACAACUGAUAUGCUGUCUUUGCACCAUUUUCAAUUGAAUACAAGGUUAAAAUGGCUUUUAAAACAUGAAAAACUGUUUUUAUCAACCUGUUACACAGAAACCCAACUUCCUUGCACCUUAGAUUGCAGACUGUGGCACGACAUACCUGCAUAAAAAAGGGGCAACCUUUGGUCCCCAUUUGAUGUGACAUAUUCUUGAUUCUUUAUCUUGAGCAUAUACUAUUUCAUAUUAAAGUGCUUAUUGAGUCAGCUUAGCUUCAAAGAAUUCCUCUUUUUUUGGUUUAUGACUAAACGCUGCAGCGACCUGACUUCUAUGAUUAAGCAACUUUGAAAUUGUAUUCAGUUUCCUGUUGCAGAGUGAUGUUGCACAUGUGGUAACAGUUUUACCUUACUGACGAACUCAUGUUUGUUUUCACCCACACUAACCACUUCACCUUUUUUUAUUCCCCAACAAAGGCUUCUCUGUGCUCCAGCAGGUAAGAGGCAUGGGAAUUACUGUGCCUCAAACAGUGACCGCAGUGGAGGGCAGCUGUGUUGUGGUGCCAUGUCAGACUGACUCUCACGUCUGGGUCACCUGGUAUCAAUACCACAAGGUGUUCUAUCCCAAAGUGUAUGACAGAUCUACUUCCACAGUGGAAUUACAAUACAGAGGGCGCACCUCAGUGCUGGGUAGAGCUGCAGAGGGUAACUGCACCCUCUUGAUCAAAAAUAUUAAGCAAAUAGACAACAACCUUAAGAUAUAUGCUUGGAUUGACCCAGGCUCCGCAGCGACUCAGAAAUUCCAUGCUCAAAUUGUUACAAUCAAAGUUGGUGAGUAUUUUUAAACCUCUAGUUUAUCUUGUAUUUUUUUUCUUACAUAUUGAGAAGUUCUUAGUGAGAUUCUAGAUUAAUGAUAUAUGACAGACCAAUCAGGAAUAAAAGAGCAUUUUAGUUGGAGUACAAUAAUCUAAGGCUACGUUCACUCUGCAGGUUAUGAUGCACAAUUCGUUUUUUUUGUUAAAUCCGAUCUUUUUGUGUGGUCUUCACAUUACAACAACCAAUGAGUCACCUAAUGUGAACAGAAUGCGCCGUGAAGUGACCCACGUGCGCACAAAGCACAAAUUGCUUUCCACGCCUGUUUGUGUUGUCAAACAAUGGUGACGUUUGUCGCAUAUUGAUGACGUAUAGGUCCGAUGAAUGCGACCUGAGCGUCCACACUGCAGUCACAUUGGAUACAUAUCCGAUUUAUAUCCACAUACAAAAGAGGCCUGGGUCAGGUUUGAAAAAAUCAGAAUCGCACUGUUCACACUAACAUGAAAAAAUCAGAUAUGUGUCACAUAUGGUUAAAAAAUCGGAAUUGACCUGCAGUGUGAACAUAGCCUAAAUAACAACGGAGUCAUGUCAGAUCAGAGCGUUAGGUGAGGGAUCAGCUGUUGCAGCUGUUUCAGACAAUAUAACUUAAAAAAAAAAUGAAAGCACAACAUGGACUAACAGGUUGCAAAAGUGUUUGCUACAACUGUUCAAUCCCAAUUACAUCUAAUACCUGUAAGUAGACAGAUUAUUUACUGCUUAAUCUUACCGAUGUUGUUGAAUUCAACCGGAGGGUAAAAAGAUUUUGGUUCUAAAGGUCCUUACACACCGGAACUGACGCAAAUAUACGACGCAAAAUUACGAAAUAUUCGGAGGGGGAUUUUGACGCGCCUGACAAUACACAUCAAGCCCAAUGCGAUCUUGUGACUUACGGGGGGGGGGGGGGGCGCGUCCCGGUUGGAAGCCAGAAGACUGACGCAACAGCAGACUGACUGUUUUCAGUUCUGAUUAGACACUAGUGUUGAGAUGGCUGUCUGUCAUGAUAGCAUGUACUGAGUCGGGGCCAGUACCAGAUAAGCACAUUAAACUAUAAUCCAUAAUGAUAAGAUAACAACCGAGACCUAAUGGUGAAAAUUCAUAUGGUAUGUUGUAUCUGAACAGGUUAGCUUACGAGCUAAAGUUACUUAGCACAGAUGAAAGUUAAAACAAAGAUGUUUAGCAAACUGUUAAAGAACACAAACCAUCGUCAUAUGAGAAAUCCAACGCUAUGACUCUCUACAAGUUGUCCUUCAGGUCGUUAUCUUUGUGAUAUUUGUGUUUUUUAUCAAAAAGCACUCCGUUCUCUGACACGUAAACAAUCAGCUGGUCGGCCAUGUUGGAUAUACCGGUGAAUUAGAUGUCGCAACAACACGCAAUCUAAUUGGUCAGAAGUAGACACACAGUAUGCGAAACUUUAGAAAAAUAGGCCGUGAUCCGAAAAAAUAAAUGCUGCAGUAUCACAGGACGGGAAAACGUCGCUGAUGUGAACGCUUGUAUUGACAGGGAACAGGUUUGAAAAAAAUAUUGACGUCCGAAAUAAUUGCACGAAAAAAACACUGCCAGUGUGAAAGAACCUUGAGCCCCACACAUUAAAACCCUUUUCAAACUGUAUGUAGCUUAUGGAACAUAAUUAAACCUGAACAUCAAAACCACAUAUGCCACUACUGUAUUGUUUCUUGUUCUUUUAGAUAAAAAAUCUCCUGUGAUUGCCAUUCAGGAGCAAAUAGCUGAAGGGGAAAUUUUCCAGGUUAACUGCACCAUCAUCCACUCCUGCCCUUUAUCGAUCCCACAACUUAAUUGGACAAGAAAUCAGUUGCUGGAAAACUUCACUGUUAGUGCUAUCAAUGAGAAAGUACAUCUGCUAUGGAGGUACACAGAGACACUGCGUGGGCUGGCAACAUAUGAGAUGCACAACAGCAAGAUAAGUUGCUCUGCAUUGUUCAGCGACCUCAUCACAGACAGUCAACAAAUAACACUCGACAUUUCAUGUAAGGAGUAAAAUUGAUCAAAAUACUCUCUAACCAACAAAACUCACCAUUUUAAUCAUGUGUUAUGAUUGCCUACAUCCACAGACGAGCCUGUGACAGUGACCCUGACACUGAAAAAGGAGUAUGUUACAAAUGGAGGCAGCGUCAUCAUGGAGUGUGCCGUCAACUCCAACCCCAAACCACAGACGUACUUAUGGCUUAGCAGACAGAUGGGUCGGAUCAACAGUGACACAAAUACAACAAGUGGAGAACUGCUCUUUGAAAACAUCACCCAAAAAACCUCUUUCUCCUGCAUCGCCUACAACGACUUUGGAGUGAAGCAGUCGGACUGGGUGGACCUGGAUGUUCAAUGUAAAUAAAAAUGUAUUCUUUUUCUUCUAUUGUACUAAACCAUAUGAUAUGAAAGGAGUAGUCUGGUGAAUAUAGGGCUCAGGAUACGGUUUUCCAACAUGUUCAGAAGCCCCAUAUUUGUGUCAGUCAUUACUCUUUUUUUUCUAAAUAGGUUUUUGUCUACUUGUUGAGGAUAUUACCUCUCUUUAAAUCCUAUGGUAAACAAAGAAGGUAACCAGUUUACAACAGCAACGUGAAAGUAGGGUUUGAAAUGAAAAAAAGUUAUCAAUAGCAUUAACAACAUGAAGCACACAGCAUCAAGCUACACACCCUGAUGCUAAGUCACUUGUUUAACCAUGGCACGCACAUUUGUAACACUGGCAGAUGAUUGAAAGCUCAAACUCACAGCCAUAAUACAAAACCUGCAAAUGGUUGAAUAUCUUUGAAAAAAACUGGACUUACCAGGAGAGAAAAUAUGGGUUGAGAGCUUCGGUGUAAACAUGUCCACGGUAACCGUUAGCGUCGCAGCACACCUGCGAGUGCGGCCCACUCUAUGGUUGUUAUGGCAACGCUCCGGCUCGACUGAACUAGCUAGCUGAACUAGCUAAGAUUUUGUAUCCAGCCCAGACUUUUUCUUCCUCACACCACGGCUUCAUGGGUUAGCUUCUCUACUCUCGCCACAACUUGACAUAUCUACGAUGUGGAGUUAUUUCGUUUGCUCGAGCGACUUCCAUGGGAAUAAUGUUGCCGAAGUUUAAAGGCGGACGAGACGAGUCGGCGACUCGAAGCACGGCCAAUGUCGUUAUCCGUGCAGCUAAGCAGUUACACCUUUUCCUGUAAGUUUUUCUUCGCUUUGCCUCUCGUUUAAGCUCAGUUUGCGCCAUCUAAACUCUCUUCAUACAGAUUUUCACCUCGGCUCACAGGUUGUAACUUAAAAUCAUUUUCUAACGUCUUACGCAGUUUAUAGAUGCUACUUAACAAUAAAAUUACUACGCCCAAAGCUCUGUCACCUUCCGCCACUACACUAGGUUAGUACCAUAGACUGGUUUGUACCACCUGCACAGGGUUUUCAAUGUUUUAGUUAUUUGACCAACUAUUAACAAAACAAUUAAGUUGUACUUUAAUUUAAAUGCUGUUAGAGUAUAAAAACAAUCUAUAAAACUUUUAGGGUGUACCUUUUGAGCUGAGUCAUUAAAUGAAUGAUUGGAAAGUUAGGUAAAGUGUAUCCAUGACCAUCAUUACAACUAACAGACUAGGAUAAGGCUCCCUCAGUACCUCAUGGGUUAACAGCAGCAACAAAACAGACAAGUUGAAUUAUAUGAUGCAAGAUAUAAUUCAUUUUUAGAGCAUUUAACCCCCAAUGAAGCUCCUUCCAAUGACAAAGGUGUCAGUAAACAACUACGUACAUAUCUACCUAGUCCAGCCACAGUCAUUCCUUUUUAUCUACAGAAUAUCAAAUAUAGCCUAAACACAUUUUAUCUUUGCUUCUAGGCUAUGUAUAGAAAAUCUGAUAGGUUUAAUAAAUUGUAAGAUAACUUUCUGUUUCUAUCUAGAUCCCCCAACAAUCCUACCUGAGUCCUCCUGCCACAGGAGAGGGGAGUUUCUAAAGUGUGUUUGCCAGGCCGAGGCUUUCCCUGAUGCCGUCAUACAUUGGACCAUUGAUGGAAAUGACUCUAUCUCAUCCACUCUCAAUUUUGUUUCCAAGACUUAUGAGCAUGUUGUCUCUGGGGAAUUAAGUGGCCGAGCUCAAAGUCAGCUCAACAUAACUUGCACAGCCACAAACUCCCUGGGUAACCACACCAAACAACUUUAUUUACACAACUUUCCAACAGUAUGUGAGUUGAACCUUCUGUACUCGCUUGGUACCUAAUGAUUUUCCAAAACCUUAUUCAAGAGCACCUAAUACUUUGUGUAUUAUGUUUACUAAUCCAGCUACCUUCCUUUUACAGCCUCUCUCUCAUGGAUGUUGGCUUUGCUGUUUGUCGGAAUUCCUGUGUUGUUUGGAUGUGCACUGGUAAUUUACAGAAAAUAUAGAAGACACAGGUUAGUGGAUUUCAGUCAAUUGAAGAUAUAAUGUCUGUGCUGUUGUAUAAUCUUCUUUCUGUUGUUUUAUCACUCACAGAUCACCACCAGGCAUGGUGUGCAACAAUGCAAUCCUUUUAAGGUUUGUAAAUGAAAUGCUUGCGUUAAAGUGUACAAAAACUAAUUUGACACAAACUAAAUUCAAAUCAUGUCAACAAUUUUUUUUUUGUUAGGCCUCAACGUCCAUCAGAGAAUAUUCAGGAAGAACUUGCAUACAACAGCAAUCAAGGGUAAAGGAAACCAAUUUGGCGUCAAUCCCCUCACAAAUAUUCAAAUGAAAUGAGCAUAGCCUUAGUUUAGCCAGGCUGGAGAAAGGUUAACUGCUUUAGCCUGCCUACUUUAGCUGCUUCCCUGCCAAUAUCCAACUUAUCUCCACCCCUGUCUUCUUCUGUUUAUGCCCUGGCUGGUUUUAUCACUGUCAUACUGGAGGGGUGGGGGGUCUUUAUUGCUGCUCUCCCUGCCUGCUUUUUAUAUAUGCAUAUAAAACCAAGGGGACAUGUGCUCUCCCCGCCGCAGGUUCCAACAUAUAUUCCACAUAUACACGUGGAAGGGCGUAAAGCUUGUAGAGCAGAGCUUUAUUGCCUUGUAAAACUCAUUCUCUUUGGCUACAGUGGCCUUGGCUGAAAUGAAUUUAUGUGAUAUUACUGAAUAGACUUUUGUCUCUGCCUCUUUAACAAACCAUGUUCUGAUGUGAUGUGAAUUCGAGGACAUUUUGAAACAACUAAACAUCUCUCUUUGUUCCCCUCUUCAUUUUUAUCCGUAUUAGUGCACAAGCUGAUGUCACACGACCAAGCCCAUGCAGAGAGGACAGCGACCCUGAGGAGGACACACUCAACUGCGUUUAUGACAAUGAUGUUGUUGAAGAAGUUCGACGAGCCAGAGCUCAGCAGCAGCAGAACACAACAGCAGCCAUAAGAGAGGGUGAAACAGAACCAGUGGAAAAGGUGGGGGGGAAUAAACAGGGCAAACCCAGCCCACACCACAGCAACUGAUAACCUUCCUUGCAUCUAAUUGGCAAAUUUCAGAAAAGAUGCUCAAUUUCAACUGCUUUAGUCUCUUGCUGCUUCCUCCAUCUCAACUCCUCCUUUGAUGCUGUGUCUGAUCAUACCAGUGUUUUCCAAACAGUGCCAUAGAGGGGUAUAUAAACUGUGUAGGCCAUUUUGAGUCCCAUGUUUAACAUAGAUAAUACAAUUACAUUUGGUCCCUCCACAGGAUGCGCAGUGCAACAUGGAGGAGUAUCUAAACUGUCAACAAGAUGACAUGGUAAGCUCAAGACAUGUACAUUUAUUUAUGUACAGAAACAGUUUGUGACUUUUUAGAAUAACUUGAAGUUCAUCAGAGCUCAGCCCGGGACACUUUACCGCAUGGCACAAAUGUGUCAAUAACUUUUAUCGGUGUUUGUGUAGAUAGAUGCCAAUGUAAAAACAAAUUUUCAGGAGUGAAAACACAACCAAAGUUGUUCCAAGGAGACAGAAAAAAGGAAAUAUACCCUAAAAUAUACAGAAAACCUAAGGACUAAUAAUUAAGCUACUCUGCAGCUGAACUCAGAAGAGAGUCUUCAAUUGAGUAUCUAUGUGGAAAAAAAGGAUUAAUCUGAAAUGAUGUCAAUCUUAUUGUGUGGGUGUCCAUUUGUCCUAAUGUAAUUAUCAUUUUUUCAGCGUUUCCCCCAGCAGAGAUCUAGUGGGAGGUUCUUUAUUAAUCUAAUGCAAAAAUCAUCUGUGUGUCAGUUUUGCUCAUGGGUCAUUAUUUAUCAGCUGGCUCCUGUUAGUCAGUGUCGCAUAGUCAGAGCAGUGUGCAAGGCUUGGGUAUGACUUGCUGUUUCCGACUUGUUGCGUUUUAUAUUAGGUCAUCUUUGAACUCAUGAGUUAUAAACUGAUCAUCUUCCAGUAAAAGCUCUGCAAGAAAAACAACAAGGACUGCUACUGUCUUAGUUUAGAGAGCCUUUUGAAACCAGUCACAUCUAGGUGAGUGAAUAUGUUUACCUUAAUAGUCCCAGCAUUGCAGAUGUUUUUUGUAAAUUCAUUUUGACAUCCGGUGUUUGGAAACAAAGCUUGAGAGCUGAUUUUAGCUCAUUUGUUUCAUAACCAUUGUGCGAUUUAAGUCAUAUUUGAUAUGAGCUUUGCUAUACUGCUGUAAAAAAGAGGAGGUCUCAAAGAGAGGGAUAUCUUUAAAGCCGAAAACCAAAGACUUAUUCCUUACUUAUACUUUCUGUUAACCAACCACAGAGGGUUGUCUUACAGCAUCAGUUCACCUGGUUACACUGAAAGCUGUGUACAUGUCAAGCGUUGAUAGCUGUGGGUGUUCAGUUUUGACAGCAGUCAUCUUAGGUGCUCUGUGGGUUGAUUAAGGUGAUCUAUUUUUUUUUCAGGAGGAUAUGAGCAUUCACAGAGGAGCUAAGUUUUUUAUAUGUUUCCUUCCUUUGAAUCUGACCCAUACUGUGUCGAAAUGUUGUUUAGAGCUGCACUUAAAUGAUUUUCACAUCUACACUUGGUCUGUGUUGAGCCAUGCCAAUAAAAUGUGGUUCAAUUGAAUGCCAAGACUCUUGGUCUACAUUAAGCAAUGUUUUUUUUUUUUAUUAUAAAUAUUUCACCUAUAUGCUUUUUUUAAAGGGAACAACCAACAGAUUUCACAGUUUAGACCCCAUUUGUGGUACAUAAGUGAAGAAGAGUAUGUCUUUUUGUAUCAUCUUUCUUGGUUUAUCCAUUUCAACAGGUGUUUUUUUUCUCCUUUUUGUUUAUAGGAUCAUGAUGGAGACAGUGGUGAGGACUGAGGCCCUUCUCUCCGUUUACAUCCUGUCCUUCCUCUUUGGCCUGCCGGCCAACCUCCUGGCUCUCUACGCCUUCAGCACCAAGAUCCACUCCAAGCCUCUUCCUACAGACAUCCUGCUCCUCAAUCUGACCGUCUCUGACCUGCUCUUCUUGAUCAUCCUUCCCUUCAAGAUGCAUGAGGCAGCAUCUAACAUGGAAUGGACUCUGCCCGGCUUCCUGUGCACCAUCACCUCCUUCACCUUCUUCUCCACUAUCUACACCAGCUCUCUGCUGCUGAUGGCAGUCAGUGUGGCUCGAUACAUUGCUAUAGCUUACCCUAUCACCUAUCAAAAGCUGCUCAAACCUGUGUAUGGAAUAGUAACCUGUGCUGUUAUGUGGCUCGUCUCAACUGCUCACUGCAGCAUUACUGUCAUUGUCCGCUACCACCCAAACCUUUACAAUGAAAACUCCACGGCCUGCUAUGAGAACUUCACAGAGAAACAGCUGGAGGUUCUCCUCCCUGUGCGUUUGGAGUUUUUCUUUGUGGUCUUCCUGAUACCUCUUCUAAUUUGUGUGUUCUGCUACCUGAGGUGCAUCCUGAUCCUCUACAGCCGCCCCAGGAUAUCUGCAGCCAAGAAGCAGAAGGCCAUCGGCAUGGCCCUGGGAACUCUAGCUGUGUUCCUCAUUUGUGUGAUGCCGUACAACAUCUCACAUUUGCUUGGUUAUUUUCAGCAUCAGAGCCCAAAAUGGAGGUACUACACUUUGCUACUCAGCACCUUCAACACCUGCAUAGACCCCAUCAUCUUCUACUUUUCCUCCUCUGCUUUCCGCUACACGAGUAACAAGUACAUCUUUAAGAAGAAGGUUCCAAGAUCACACAAAGAAGACAAAAGCUCAAGCUAA